AAGAAAGAAUGGCUGUGCCUAAACUGCCAAACACAGAGGGCUCUGUCGGGAAGCUUAGGAGAUAUUCCAGAUUCUAUGGGAUCUUCCAUGGGAUCUCCCCGAUCAUCUGCUCCAGCCAAACAGCAAACACCUCAGCAGAAAGCACCCAAUCAACAUUCAGGGCCUAACACCACAGGUCCUCAACAACAACAGAAAUCAACGGGUCCCCAAGUAAGUGGCCCUCCCUCUAAUGUGAAACAGGCAGGGCCUGGCCCUCAGCCUAAAGGGCUUAGUCAAACUUCCCCUCAAACCAAGGGUUCGUCUCAGCCACACCCUCAAGCUAAGAGUCAAACACAUCCCUCAUCUCAAAGUAAAGGACCUACUCAAACUGAAGGUCCUAACCAGUCACAUGCUCAAAGAAAGGGCCCCACACAGCCUGCUAACCAAAUGAAGGGUCUGAAUCAGGCCAAAGGGCAGACUCAGACAAAAGGAUCUGCUCAGCCCUCUGUUCAGACUAAGGGCCCUUCACAUCCCUCUGGUGCCAAGCCUUCAUCUGGCCCUGUUAAACCUACUCCUAACCACACUAAGACCCCCACCCCUUCCAAAACGGUUCCUGCUCAGUCUAAACCCACAGGUAACAGCCAGGCCCGCAAGCAGCCACAAAGCCAGGAGAAGACUAAAGCUGCAUCUAAAACUCUAAAAGAAGACACCAAAGCCUCACAGAAGAAGGCAUUAUCAGAGACUGACACUCCAAAAGACAUGAAGAUAGCUGAAGAAGAAAAGAAGUCAAGACACCAUGAAGAUCACAACAAAUCAAGCAUGCAGAGUUUAAGUGACACUGGAUACUCUUCAGAUGGGAUCUCGAGUUCUCAAGGGGAAAUCACAGGUCGAAUCCAUGAAGAGGGAAUCAAGCUUAGUGAAAGAGGUGCUUCCAUCCCCUCAGAAAUCACCAAGUUAGAAAGCUCCAUGAAACCUUUGCUUGAAUCAAAGACAGCCUCUGACCAGAAACACAGGCCUCAUUCACUUUCUGUGGGGCAAGAGUACAGUCCUGAAGAUGAGGCAGCAAGGGAUGAAUCAGAAGAUGACCUCAGUUGCAAGCUCCGUCACGAUUAUGUAGAAGACAGCAGUGAAAGUGGUUUAUCACCGUUGCCAGUAAGACAAAAGAAGUCACAUAAAGAUUUAACAGAUGAAGAGUACAUGAGGAGGCAGAUUAUGGAGAUGAGUGCUGAUGAAGAAGAAUUAGAAGAAUUUGGAAACCAGAAAUCUAAAAAGACACAUAAAGCCAGUGGGGAUUUAGGGAAAGAGAGAAGACGUCUCUCUCACCAGUCUAAUAGUUUUGAAGAUGAUACAAAAACUUCAGAGGGUGCUUAUAAAACUAAAGAAGAAGAAGAUGUUGUAAUGGCUGGGGGUCUUCGGCGUUUUAAGACCAUUGAGCUGAAUAACACUAACAGCUACAAUCGAGACAUUGAGCUCAGCAGUGAACAUGACCUCCGAGAACCAGAGCUUGAAAUGGAGAGUCUGACAGGUUCUCCUGAAGAAAGAUCCAAGGGAGAUUAUUCAUCCACUCUACCUGCCACUACUCCCAGUUACACAUCUGGAACAUCCCCAACCUCCGUGUCAUCCAUGGAAGACGACAGUGACAGCAGCCCUAGUCGGAGGGCACGACUUGAAGAAGCAAAGCAGCAGAGGAAAGCUCGACAUCGUUCUCACGGGCCACUGCUGCCCACAAUUGAGGACUCCUCUGAAGAGGAUGAGCUUAGAGAGGAGGAAGAACUGCUUAGGGAACAGGAGCAGAUGAGAGAUCUAGAGCAACAGAGGAUUCGAAGUACUGCUCGGAAAACAAAAAGAGAUAAAGAGGAACUUCGCGCACAGAGGCGCAGAGAACGGUCCAAAACCCCUCCUAGUAAUCUCUCACCUAUUGAAGAUGCAUCACCAACAGAGGAGCUGAGGCAGGCUGCAGAGAUGGAGGAGCUCCACAGAUCAUCCUGCUCUGAAUAUUCACCCUCCAUGGACUCAGAAGCAGAAGGUUUUGAGAUGAUUGGAGGAAAGCUUUACAAAUCAGGAAAAGAAUUCAAUCUUCCAACCUUUACAUCACUUUACUCCCCAACAGAGAAGACAUCAACAUCUGAUAAAACUCUAAAAAGUGCAGAAGAGGUGUACGAGGAGAUGAUGAGGAAAGCACAGCUCAUGCAGAAACAAGGAAAAACAGYUAAUCAACAGAAAGGUGGCUCUCAGUCAGAUGGUGGGUAUCAUCUCGAAGCUGGAACAUCUCUAACUCCAGGCUCAAGUCCUACACAGGUUACUGCACCAGUGUCCUUCUCCACAACAGGCGGUGAUUCGAGAAUUGCAGGUAUGCAAGCAGCACAACAUUUAUCAAAAGAAACACAGAACAGAAUGAUGACACAGAGUGCCAAAAUUGAAGGUGUCGUUGGAAUUUCGACAACCAAAGCUCAAAUGAGUCAGGCUGCCUCAGCUCGGCAUGGAGGAAGCACAGCCCCUGUUAGCAACCGAGCAGGCUCACAGAGGCCAACACAAGCAACACCUGAUCCUGGAUCAUCCUCCCUGACCUCCAAAGUUUUUUCACUCUUUAAAGGACCAAGCCCCCCAGUCUCCCCCACUACAUCUCCAACGCAAAGCCCAACACAUGCACCACCUGUGCGACACACUAGCGGUAACAGCAGGCAGCUGCCGUCUUUGCCAGCUGGUGCUACAACAGUUUCCGCAUCCCACAGCUCUCAAGCAUCUCCAAGAACAAUGUCACCACGUCUUGUACGACAACAGUCCUCUCAAGAUUCACCAGUCAUGGUGAUAACACUGGGCUCUGAAAGGUCCAGUCCUGCCAAACCACUUACUGUAAAUUCUUCUACAUCUCCCCUAUCAUCACCAACACAGGCAAGUUGUAAAACACUGUAUAGCUUUCAAACCCCUUCAACAAGUUCUCCAACAUCACCCCAAAUGUAUCCUUCUCAUCAGGACCUAAAGAAUUCUUCUCAAAUGGGUCACAAUGUUGAAAAAGUUAAUGUUGGUGUUAGUGCUAUGACCACAAGUGCACAAAGUCGGGGUUCAAUGGAAAAUAUAUCUCUGUGUAAAAUCUCUAAUGUUCCUGGCACUUCAAAGGUUGUGGGGCAAAACCAAACACUUCCAAACACCACUGUUGUGGAUCUAAGAGCUCCAUUGAAGCCAGCUCCAAUUAUAAUGACAGACCAGGGCAUGGAUCUAACAUCUCUUGCCUCUGACACAAGAAGGUACUCUUUAGGACUAGAGCAGCCAUCCGGAAGACAUACAUUAGUGCAGCCCCUUAUUAUGAACCUCAAUGCCCAAGAGCAACCACACAURUCUGUGUCAACACCAACAACCGUUAGUGUUACAGUUGCAGGGUCAGCAUUCAUGUCACAACCCAAGCAACCAGUUGUAUAUGGAGACCCCUUACAAAACCGUGUGGAUUUAGGUCAGGGUGUUGGAUCAGCUGUGUGUUUAACUCAGAGUAAGCCGCUGAUUACUGACCCAUCUAUUCCUAAAAUUGAUGCCUGCCUGGAAAAUCUUGAAAUACAGCAGCAGCAACUGCAGUUGCAACAACAGAAGCUUCUUCAGCAGCAGCAACUUCUUGAGCAGCAGCUUCAGCAGCACCAACAGCAGUCUUCUUUUGCUCGUUACAAUUUAGCUAAUCAGGUACAGCCACUGCUGAUAAAAAAGGAUGUCAUAGUGACCCAGACAAGUAAUGCCCAUCCUGUAGUGACUGCUAGUGCCAUACCUAGAAUAUCCCCUGUGGCUCCACCAUCAGUGUCUGGGGCUCUUACUUCUAAUGUAUCCCAUGAAAUGUAUGGUGGCAUUGCCUUAGAGCUUAAAAAUAAACCAACAGUAAUGAACUUGUCCACAGGUAAACCCCAUGUUAUGAUGGUGCACCUCGAUGAGACAAACACAUCACAAGGCAGCACAGUUACUCAGCUGGUAAAGCAAGAAGACAAGGCCCCUGCUCCUCCUCCACCUCAGGUUUUGGAUCUGACUGGACAGCUCAAACCAGAUAAUCAAGUGGCUUGUUGUGAUGUUGUUUACAAAUUGCCCUUUGCUGGUACCUGUUCAGGGUCUUUCUCUCAGAAGUCUCCCACAGUAUCUUCAGAUAGCAAUCCCAUCACUGAAACAUCUCAAGUCGCCCAACCUCCCCACGUACCGCAUUACAGCGUUAGCCAACAACAGCAACAACAAAAACCUCAAGUUACCCAAGGAAUAACAAUGGAUCAUAAACAAUAUCCACUACCUGUACCACCUUCUGGAAGAAUACAGCCCUCCAUGUCUGAUACUAACCUGCCUUCAAUGACUGAUGCUGCUCACUAUCAGAACAAUCUACAAGGGGGGCUGGCAGUGGAUCUUAGCAGUUUGAAUCAAGUUUAUGAUGCUGGAUACCUUGGCAUGGGGGCACAGUAUGGUUCUUACACAGACCUGCGUCACCAGGAUGAUUUUUCAGGUCCUUCAUUACCCCUUCGUCGAUAUGGCUCUAUGUCAAAUAUUAAUUCUGAUUAUACCUGUGGCUCACAGGACUCUAAUUUGGCUCAAUACAGUGCAACUACUGCCAGGGAGAUUAGUCGCAUGUGUGCAGCUCUUAACACUGUCGAUCAGAUUGGGAGUCGUUUUGGAAAUAACCCUGAACUGGCAGCAUAUGCAGCUGGAAGGGGUGGACCUUUAGCAAGACUGAAUCUCCAUCAAGGUUUAGCAUCAGUAAGAGCUAAUUUGCUUUAUGGAGCAGAUGGACGACAAACAGUGAAUGGUCAAACUCUAACAAACCUAAUAAAUGCUAGACAGGCAAGUAUACGCGCCUUGUAUCCUGCUGCUAUGAGAGGAGGUGAUGGUAUGAUAUAUUCUACCAUAAACACUCCCAUAGCUUCAACUUUGCCAAUUACUACACAGCCUGCCCCAGUCAUACGUCCAGUACCUAGGGGAAUUUACAGACCAUACCCUACAGGUGUAACUGCUGUACCCUUGGCUAGUCUGGCCAGGUUGCCUCAAGUGACUCCCAGGAUGCCUCUGUCCACACAAGGACUAUAUUCUUAUCCUCCCCCAAACCAGUAUCCUACGUCAGCCCCACCAUCAGAAAGUGCUUCUGUAUUAAGCAGCUCGCACCAGGAAACUCCAGUGUUUCUCGGAAAACCUUUAACAACAAUAGCUGCCCAAACAGCUGCAACCAUUCCAACAACACAACCAGCAGUACAAUCAGGAACCCAACAUGUAUCUGUGCCUGGUAUGCAAACUACAACAGUUCAUCAAAUAGAUCGUCCUCAACUUACCUCACAGAGUCUUGCAUCACUCUCUCAAACUCAGUCUCAACCUCCAAUUGUCCAACCAGUACAGCCUCAAAUGCAGGCACAAUUGCCUGCUCAGACUGAACCUUUAUCUUUGACACAAACUCAAGCUCAACCCAUCAGUCAGCCUCAGUCUGUAGUUCUGCCUCAAACACAGUCAAAAGCAACAACAACUGAAACUGCCCAAACACCAAGUUCCAAACUUUCCUCUUCAACUGAUGCCCAGAAAAGUAAGGAAGAUGAAAGACUUAGUCAACAACAAGAGCAACUGUUGCAGCUGGAGCGAGAACGAGUUGAACUGGAAAAAUUACGUCAGAUGCGCCUACAAGAGGAGCUAGAAAGAGAUCGUAUGGAGCUUCAGCGUCACCGAGAAAAAGAGCAACUACUUGUUCAGCGGGAACUUCAAGAACUGCAUACAAUCAAACAGCAGGUCCUGCAACAACAACAAGCAGAGCGUGAGACGCAGCUUAUAAUGCAGAGAGAACAAUUGGCCCAGCAAAGAAUGCAACUUGAGCAGAUUCAGACUCUACAACAGCAGCUUCAGCAGCAGUUGGAGGAGCAGAAAAGGCAAAAGACAGCUGCAGUGGAGGCAGCAGCAGCAGCUGCRGCUGCUGAGGCAGCUGCCGCCUCAGCUGCAGCUGCUGCAGCGGCAACAUCAGCUCAGGGUGCCAUCCAAGGGGUAGUUGUUGGAGGAGGGGUUCCUCAAGGGUUUAUAAUAUGUGACCAGAGUGGCAGAGUAAUUCAAAAAGAUGGACAAAGUGUUCAGUUCUGGCAGGAUGGGCAAGUGGUGCAAGCAGUGAUGUCUGCUCGACCUAUUCAAAGCUCCGCCUCUGAAAUGUCUUUGAAAAGCAGUGACAAGCAGAUGGAUCCUAAGAUUAUGAAAAAGCAGAAUUCCAUGCCUCGGCUGAGGGACGGCUCUGAGGAAGAAUCUGUGAAAAGAAUCACAGACAGCUGUGUGCAAACAGACGAUGAGGAUGGUGAUGAGAGGUACUUGAAUAGGCGAAGGAGAACAAGACACAUCGCAGACUCCUGUGUGCAGACUGAUGAGGAGGACCAGGCAGAAUGGGACCAGCAGCCAGUAAGGCGCAGGCGAUCUCGUGCAUCAAAGCAUUCAGAGUCCAGUGGCGAGGCAAAGUCUGAAGGAUCAUCUAAAGUGGCUUCUGCAAGCAUAGCUAUUCAGACCACUAAUGAUUCGUCAUGCCAAACAGAGCCAGACCAACUAGGCAGGGUUUCACCCGCAAUUCACAUUACUAUGGCAGAGACCUCAAAAGUUGACUUAUUACAUUACAUAGCAGCUCCUGAAAGGACUCACAAAGGAGAGAGUCUAGCCUGCCAAACUGAACCAGAAUCACAUUCUCAGGGAGUAGUCACCCCUCAGCUGAGUGUCCCAACAACUAUUAGUCCAUACUCAACAAGUCUGCAUAUAGUAGGAGCAAAUACAUCUGACCCAACCUCUCCUAGACUCCAAGGUGUUGCUAAGUUUGAAAGGAGGAAACCAGACCCACUGGAAAUUGGCUAUCAUCAUCAACAAAAUGAGUCUUCAUCUCGACAACCCCCCAAAUCUCCCCAAGUAUUAUACUCCCCAGUAUCUCCACUGUCUCCUCAUMGCAUGUUGGCCACAACAUUUGCCUCGCAGGAGAAGCUGAACAAGGCCCACGUUACACCACAGCAGAAAGCCUUCACUGCUGAAUCUCCUCAACGCCACCAGUCGCUGCCAAGACCCAUAAAAAAUGUGCAGCGUUCAAUGUCGGACCCUAAGCCACUCAGCCCAACAUCAGAGGACCCUGGCAAGAACAGGUUUUCUCCAUAUCAUCAUCAAGUUGUGUCCAGCAGCCAGCAGAUGGCCUCCCUGCAGCAGCAACAGAACUCUCUGAUGAGGAAAGUAAAGAGGACUCUCCCCAGCCCACCACCAGAGGAGGCUCCGCUCCCUAUUGUUUCUCCGGCACAAAUGUACAGUUCUUCCGGCAUGUCGCAGAGGGUCCUUCCAAGACCCACCCAAGUAGUUACCAAGGCUGGUCUGUUGAGCGAACUGAAAGCUGUGGAGCAAGAGUCGUCAAAACUGCGUAAGCAGCAGGCUGAACUGGAAGAGGAGGAAAAAGAGAUUGAUGCCAAACUGCGCUAUUUGGAGCUAGGCAUCACUCAGCGAAAAGAGACCAUGGUAAAGGAGAGGGAAAGGAGAGAGUUGGCUUACCUGCGUUGUAUGGGGGAUGCUCGAGACUACAUGUCAGACAGUGAGCUCAACAACCUCAGAAUGGCAGCUGCAACAGGAACUUAUGAUGCUAAUGGUUUACUGACAAGGCCUAGCACUGCACCACUGAGUCAGUUUACUAAUGACCUCAAUGUCACCUCUCAGUAUCCCUCGACGUCGUCCUAUAUGCCAUAUCCAUAUCCUCAAGGUCAACCAUCAACACAACAGCCUGGCACUGCUUAUCCACAAAUAGGUUUCCAGCCUCCUCAGUAUCCAUCCUCUGCCCCCCAGCCCGGAACCUUCCAGCCCCAUCCUCCUACCGGCCCUGGGUACCAGAACCAGGGAACCUAUUCUUCCCGGACGUACAGCCAGUCCUCCUAUCAAACAGACUUUUCUAUGCAGCAGCAUGGUCACCAGGGCUUCCACUCACCCGCUCAGCCUAUGCCAGGACAGAGCCUUCCUUACCCCAGCCAUAGUUCCUACCAACCUGGUCUCACCUAUCAGCCCCAGGCGGAGAUCCUUACAGUUCAUCAAAGACCAAGGCAAACAUCUUUGGCAGACCUUGAACAAAAACUCCCCACCAAUUAUGAGGUCAUUAGCAACCCAGCGGUGUCAGUGGCUACAUCAGCUCCAGAUGCCAGCUUUGGUUCAGUUUAUAGCAGUGCAUACGGGCAAUACCGUGCUCCAGAGCCAGGCCUUACUCACUCAGUAGACAGCCCCUCUGCUGCAUAUGGUUCAGAUGGUCUUUAUACUGCCAACCUGGAGCAGAACAUUCCAAGGAACUAUGUGAUGAUUGAUGACAUCAGUGAGUUGACAAAAGACAACACAGGUCAACCGACCGAUGCUCAUGGUCAUCCUGUUGGAGGGCCGUAUCGCAGUGAGAAUGGCCCUGCAAGAGGCCCUGCCUAUGAUGAACCUGUUGAUGCCUACGGUAGACCUACAGGGUCAACCGGCUACCAGAGCACAGUGGACAGUCGCACCAGCACCACAGUGAGUGGAGGCACACCUUAUUACUACGACGAUUACAAACACACGUCACGCUCUGGUAGCCACAAAGUUACAUCCAAAAAUCUUGCUCCUGCUGUAGUUUCCUCUAAACGCAGUAAACAUCGGAAGCAGGGAAUGGAGCAGAAAAUUUCUAAAUUCUCGCCCAUCGAGGAAGCUCGAGAUGUGGAGUCUGACCUUGCUUCUUACACGCUGACAACGUCAGCUGGAGGUACGUGUCCAGUUGUGUCGAGAUCCAAGAAGCUUCAGGAUGAUGUCACCUAUGGCAUGAAAAAAUACGAUCAGCAGAAAUAUUACGGCACCAGUCAUGAAGGUCUUGAGGAAGAGGACCGCAUGUAUGGCUCUGGUAGGUCCAGGUCCACCGGGUAUGGAAUGGACAAGAUAUCAUCCAGAGAUGCCACGGGCCAUCGCAGUAAAUCCUAUGAAAGGGAUGCUAUGGAGCGGUCUCAUAAAACCAGCCGCAGUGGUAGGCCGCCCAUGCGAAAUCAGAAUUCAGAAGAGGAGAGUCCACAAAGUCCUGUUGGAAAGCUUGUAGGCAUGGGAAGAGGCACAGGCAUACCAGAGGCCCAUGAUGUGAGAAACCAGUAUGGCUCCAGCCAUUCACUGCCAGAUGUGCAGGACCACCACAAGAAGGACCUUCCUAGAAGUCAUGUCUAUAAACCAGACGAUCCUUAUCUUGUAGAUGACAUGCACUGUGCUGUUUCUGACAGUGAAGCAUAUCAUUUAAGCCAAGAAGAGACUGAUUGGUUUGAAAAACCCCGGGAGGCCCGCUCUGAUCGCUCACGACAUCAUGGAAGUGGGGGUCACUCCUCCACUGGCAGACGUAGUAAACACUCCUAUCAUGACUAUGAUGAACCUCCAGAGGAAUACGGUCCACAGGAUGAGUACAACCAGCGCCACCCCUCCGCCACGCCACGAGAACACCGUCACCACGGAGGCAGCUCUGGGAGGCACAGCUCUUCUCGCCACUCUUCAGAAGACCCCAGGUCUUCACGCUCGUCCAGGACGCACCCCAAGGAUCCAACAGGCCGCCCCGAUGCGCGGACCACCUCAUCCGUCCAAAGAAGGAGUGGCACAGAUUCCCGUUCUGCUCACGGAAGCCCAAGAAAUUCAGGAGACUUCUCUCGAGACUCGCCCUCUGGUCAUCACCAUGGCACUGCUGGAAGGAGUCAGAGACCACAAGGAGAACGCACAGCCACCAGGAGACAAGAUCCUUCUAAACCUCAGAGCCAGCAGGCUCCUCAGGGCCAUGCUGGGCAGCAGAGAUCAGGUGGUCAGGGGCAGUCAGGAAGACAUCCAGGCUCUGAACCACUUGAUGCCAGCCAACAGCCUCAGCAGCAGCAGCAGCAUCAGCAGAGUGUGCCACAACAACAGCAGCAGCAGCAGCAGCAGCAGCAGCAGCUUCCACAGCACAGCCAGACCCUUCAGAGUAGUCAUCCCUCAACAGGGAUGACUACAGCUGGAACUGGGCCAACACAGCAACAGCAGCAGGCGAAACCUGGACAAGCUCCAUCACAGGGACGGCAGCCAGGAGUGGGGUCUGCAGCGGGCCAGCAGGCCACAGCGCCAAAAAUGGAUGCCACUCCUGCAGCAGCUGCCACAGGAAUGAAACCUCCAGCUGGAGUCCCAACAGCCCCCCAGCCCACCAAAAUAGCUACACCUCCUCUUACAGGCAUAGGUUCCAAAGCUGCUCCUGUUGGAAUCGGGAGCAAACCAGUUGGAAUAGGAAGCGCUGCAGCAGGCCAGGCACCAGCUGAAGGGGACAACGUUCUCACCAAAAUCCUGCAGGGAGGGGCCGCAGAGCAGGCAGGAAAACUGGGAGAUGCUUUGUCUGGUCUGGGAAAAAAGUUCACUUCGUUUUGGUGAACUGAAGCGAGGACGGGUGUGCAGAAAUAAAAACGAGGUGGAUCAGUAGCUUUGUACCGGAAAACCUAUGAAACCACAUGAAAUUCAUUUCACUUUACAGAGAAAACAGGAGAGACCCCGAGUGCAUCAGUCAACCUGGAAUCAAAGGAUGCCUUGUCAGCAAUGAAUUCCCCAGACAUGGGCUCACGAUUGAAGGGAAUUAAAUAAGGGGGAUCGCUUUGUCAGCACGCUGUUUCAAGACAUGAGCAGAGGACUGAAGAGGCCUGAAAGUCAACAUUAAGAAUGCAGUGAAGUGGAAAAGGAAAGGAGUGCUCAGCUUUCUUUCUUUCUUCCUCUGCUCUGGGAAACAGUUCCAACACCCUGCUAAAAGAGGAAGCUGGAUAUGAUGGGCAAAACACAGUGUGUUUGAUCGUGCUCGACCACUCGACAAAGAAAGCCUCGCAGCGCCCUCUACAGAGACGCUUCUGCAACCGCUCUUGUGUCUGAGGAGUACAUGUCUCCCAAGGCUUCUUGAUUCUACAUUGAUGUCCUCAGAGAAUUUUCAUCAGAAAAAAACAAACAAACAAACAAAAAAACAAGAAGAACACGCUGGAUUUUAUAGGUUUUCCUUAUAAUAAAGCAACUGAUCUUAUAAAAUAAAACCACAACUGGAACAGACAAAGAUUAUAACAGCAACAACAACCAACCUGGAGAUUCUAUUAAAAUCCUUGACUGCUUGGUUUCUGUGAUCUCCACAGUACAUUCCAGUAGAGGGAAAUCAACCCUAUCUUUGAAUGUGUUUUUGUUUGUUGUCUUUUUCGUUUCAGUGUCUACAGAAUGCAUUGUGUUAAUGUGGACACGAGAAUGCACGCACAAUUGAAAAACAGAAAAAAAGCCCAUAUCAUACCUUUCUUUUCAUCAGUUUUAAGAAGCCGCUGCUCAUUAGUUGUAGGUUAUUUUCUUUGGAAGGGAAUUACUACCAGCGUGCCGAUAAGUGUGAGAUUCACACAGACGAGAGGACCAAAUAGAAAGAGUGGCCACGGCUCUUUUUUUAUUUAUUUUUAUUAUUUAUUUAUUUUUUGCCAUUGCAAAGCCAUCAUUAUACUCAUCUCCAGAAACUUUUACAACUCUAUCCUUUUUAUUGAUUUUCUCAUAUUUUAACUGAUUUUUGUUCCAUUUUGUUGUUUGUUUUUAUGCCUAAUAAUGAAUGCAAGAGCCUUAUUUGCGAUGUUUGUUCUCGUAUACCUCAUGUUUUAAAGCGUCCGUAUCAUCCUGAGUUUCUUUUUACACUGUAUGAUAUUGUAUGUACAUACAACAAAUCAGAGAUCUAAUAUGUAAAUUUGGUCAUUUGUGUAUUUAAAGAGUCACAUUUCAGCGAGUUUCUUUUUACGUCGUUAUUUGUUUUACGUUUGUAAAACUUUGUAUUUUCACUUUAUAUUUGUCCGAAUCUCUGUUUUGUCCCAUCAGAUAUUUUUUUGCUUAUCGAUUUUUUUAAAAGCAAUAGCAUGCAGCAAAUGGUAUAUAGCACAAUGGUGUAAAUGUCGUCUCAACUUGUGAUGGGAAAUAUCAAACACGUCUGUCACAAGUAGCAGUAAUAAAAUCUGUCAGAGGGUUUACAGCUACAGUAUCACAUGCAUGAUAUGUUCAGCAUGCAGACAGGUACACCCACACUCGCACACACGUCAAAAAAUUAUAUAUAUAUAUAUACAUAUAUAUAUAUAUAUAUAUAUAUAUACAUUGAUCUCUUACAAAUACACACACUGUACACGUUACACUCUGCAUCCACAUUCCACUUCAGAGCCAAGGUUAAUUAAGUUCUCAUCAAAUAGACUUGUUAACCUCCUGCUGAUUAAUGAGGUUACCAACACACUAACAAGCUGGGCCCACUGCCUCAAUUUGUGCAGACUACACACCAAAACGCUCACACACAAGCAUGCAUCAAGAUACAGGAGAGGGCGAAAGCAAUUAUCAAGUCAAAUGUUCUAUGCAAUGACUCAUUUUGAACCUGGACGCGAUUUAGCCUGCAUCAGUUUAUUAUCAUCACAAGAACAACAACACAAUUAUGAAUUAAAUCCUUUAAAAAAAGAAAAAAAAGGAACUGAACAUGUUUUUACUUAGAAACUUGUCUGUAUGAAUUUGAAUACUGAAUAUUGUUUUUAUUUUUGUGGCAUGUUUUGACCCCUCGGUCCCCACACUUGGAUGGGGCAGUGGGGGGGAUCCUGUUGCCAAAGGGUAAACUGUGUCGGUUUUGAAUGUCCACCAUCAUGUUGCUUCGAAGCAUGGGUUUGCUUGGCUUUGUCUGGCUGUUUGUAAGCCCUCAUUGAGUUGUUGUGCAUUUUGGCUGACCCCAGUGUUUGGCUUGCAGUGACUGUCUGUGCGGCUGUAAACCUGUAAUGCAGAUGGUCAGCACUUCUUCAUUAAUUACGUGUCAAUGUACAUAUUGGGUGUCGGUAUAACCUGUGGGCUGAAUGGAAUGUUUAUAUUGGAUAUUUCAUCGACUAACCCACUCAGCAGCCAAGCCAUUUGAAAGGUGCAUGAUUAGAUCCUUCAUUCUCGGGAGUUGUAUUAGAAGUUUUUUUGUUCUUCAAAAAAAUUUUUGUCGUGAUUUAUUUAUUUAUUUUUUUAACCACGAAGGUUUGCCUAACAAACCUUGACCGUCACCGGCCAACGAAGCGAGUACCAGUGAGUUAAGGACCAGUCAUUCACAAAUCAGGGCAUGUCACUUUUCGAAAGCACAAAGCCUGACUGGUGGCACUCGCCGCUCAACAAAGCGUGGGAACAGAGGUUUUCGUAAGCGAGCGGCGUGAGUUGUGCGUCCGAACAACAGUGCAGUGAAGUCAAUAUGAGGUGCAUGAGACCAAAAACAGCCUUCAGUGCAGCCAUGCAGACGAACGGGAAGGCAGACAGACACAUUAUUUUAAUUCAUACUGUAAAUACGACGUCAUCUCUCUGUACAGCUUUUGAGUUUUGAGUACGGCUGUCAUGUGCAUCCCCAUGCCGUAUUUGCUGCCAACAUUUGUGUAUAAAAUAUUUAUUAUUACCACAAUGAUGAUGAUGAUGAUGAAACUAAUAAUGAUGAGGAUUAUUAAUAUUAUUGCAUAAGCAUAGUUUAUGUGGCUGACUUGUUUUGAUCCUUUACAACAGUGGAACAAAACUCGUACUCUGAAACAUUCAGUGUGUAGAGUUUCUAUACAUGUUGUGUUUCUAACUUAAAAAACAAACAGAAUUCCUCCAAUAAGRGGUCUUCCGUUUGAUGGGUAUGAUCUGUGAGGUGAUAACUGUGAGCAGAAGGGAGGGCGAUAACAGAAAACUGAAAAUCUGGAAAAUGUCAUUCACUGUUGUAAGUGCAAUGAGCAAAAUGUCAGUCGUGUAUCCAUUGUGUAACCUUGUGUUCUAUUCAGUGUAUUCCUGUAAACAGGUAGAGUACAUUUUGUGCAUCAUGUCAAGUAAUGUGAAAAUAUUGACCCUGCAAUUUCCAAACAAGAGAACUGAAUAAAAAGAAAAGAAGUUUAUUGUGA